AUGCGCCUGCUCAAAGGCCUCGUACUAGGUCUGCUCCUUGAGAGAGGUCUAGGCCAGACAGAUACGCAGCCAGACGGUGACAGUAUUGCAACUGUUGCCGACCCUGUCGAGACAGAUCCUGCAGAUGUUCCUGCUCCUGACCCUAGUAAUCCAUCAGAUGGCGACACUCCUUCCAAUCCCCCAGAUCCAGUAGAUGAUGGACCGACAAUCACAAUAGAUGACCCUCAACCCACUGACGACGGGUCCGAUGCCAGACUCCCUGCCCCAGAUCCCACUGGUGAACCUACCGAUUUGGAUGACCCUUCAGCCAUUCCUGAUGAUCCUGCCGAAACAAAUACAGAAGAUGAACAGCCAGUUCCCACUGACCAGCCCGCGCCAACCGAUACUGAACCCGCCCCCGCUCCAACAGACGUGGAUGCUACUCAGACCGAUGGAGAAACUCCCCAAGAGACAGAUACCAAUGGUGAGGAAGCUACUGGUGACACCGAUGCGGCACCCGUCGUUCCAACAGAAGCCUUGAGCUCCGCGGCCGAAGAGACCCCAGAGGCAACCCCUCUGGCAUCCGACACCGCAGACGACCAAGUUCCGCAGACGACCGAAGAGCCAUCGGAUGAAGAGACCGAAGAACCAACCGCUGACUCUAAACCAGAAGAGUCCACCCAGCAGGAGACUAGAGGAAUCGUAGCACCGACAAAGACUGAGAAGAGCGAUGCGAAGACGACUGAUGACGACGGUAAUUAUUACUAUGCUCCCAGUGCGACUGAAGGGGGUGAAGCCGAGGAGACGGGCGAUAGUGAACAGACCGCUGAUGGAACAACCCGAAAAGCUGCAGCUACAGGUAGUGGAGGCAAGGAGGAGAAGACCACGCUUGCUACUUCCAAGGGCGCCGCCCCAACGUCGCCUGCUCAGGACUACGCCAUUGACCUGAAGGAAGCUGAUCUGGGCGACUACGCUGAGUUCCAAGGCGCCGGCGACAAAACCGUCGUUGUUCUCAAGCCCCCUCCCAACGCCGAAGCAAAGUGCGAUCUCCCCCCCACAAGCGACGAAGACGUCCCCGAGGGUGAAGACGUACGCGUCAUGCUCUCCGUGAAGAUCGCAGACAUCCAGAAAGGCGUCAAGUCUGGUAAUCGCUUACAAAUGCUCGUUGACGGUUCGACUAUCUAUGAUAAAGAGCUUUUGGGCACUGGGGAUGAAGAGGAGAGUAUUUCGAGUGAUAAGUUUAGGGCUGCACUGGAUCAGAAGGUUAAUGUUAUUCAUAAGGCGGGGGAUAAGCCGGUGCAGGUUACGAUUCAGGAUGCGAAUAUUAGGAGUGCUGUUAGUGCGGGGAGCAGAGGGGGGAGUGGAGAUGGAGGGUCUGGUGGUGGUUCUGGUUCUGGGGAUGAUGACUCUGGCGAUGGCUCUGGCGAUGGCUCUGGUGGCAGUGGAGGUGGAAGUGGCAGCGGGAGUGGUAGUGGAAGCGGUUCAGGCAGUGGCAGUGGCGACAGCUCAGGCGGAGGUGCUUCCGAGAGUGCCUCAGGAACCGGCGACGAGGGUUCAUCACCAUCAAGCGUCUCCGGCAGCGACGGUCAGACCAACGUUGCUGGCAAGAACUUUAUGGUCGGCGAGGUCCUCAUGUACGCCCUCCCUAUCGCCAUCGCUCUCGUCGGAUGA